ACGCACACUAGAAUAUUCAUUAAAACAAGUAUUUGUUACUAUGUAGUAGUACUUAGUUUGACACCCACUUAACCGUCAGGGUCACCACACUCACUGGAGUUGGUUGUGAGUGUUAAAGUUUCAAGGUUUAAAUAGACAUCUAUUUAUGCACUGAAGUUCCAUGUAUAUAUGCGCAUCUAAAACGUUAGGAUCCAUUUCAUAUUAAGUUAAUUCGGCAAGAUGGUUGUUCUAUUCAUGCUCUGUUGUCUACUCAUCAUUGUUCCAUGCUCCGUUGAAGCUGCACCACCUGAGUACAUGUAUCAUAUUUGCAGAAAUAGCUCAACUAACACUCCCAAUACUAUCUUUCAAGCCAACCGGAAUGUUCUGUUGUCUACGCUUGCAUCAAAUGCUACACAAAAUAAAGGCUACUAUAACUACACUGCUGGCCGCAAUUCUAAAGACAUGGCUUAUGGCAAUUCUCUAUGUCAAGGAGAUCUUGUUCCUAAGGAUUGUCAGCAAUGUGUGACUGCAGCUACUGACGAUAUCAAAAAUAAGUGCCCGAAUGGAAUUUUUGGAAUCAUUUGGUAUGCGGAGUGCAUGGUACGUUAUGACAACAAGGCCUUUUUCACACUUUUCGGUGUAGAGGAAGAAGGCUUAGCAGUUAGGCUGUGGAAUACACAGAAUGUCACGGACGAAGCUCGGUUUCAGCAAGUACUUGGGAAUACUAUGAAUAAUCUGGUAACCAAGGCUUCGGAAGGGAAACCGUUGAAUGAUCAAACUAUUAAGAGUUUUGCAUUAGGAACUGCAAAAUUGAGUUCUCUGCAAAAUCUGUAUGCAUUGGCUCAGUGUGUUCCUGACUUACCUGAGGCUGCUUGUAGUCGCUGCCUUCGAGUGGCUGUUAAUCUUCUGCAAUACCAUAGUAAUUCGCAAGGGGGCAGGGCAUUGGUUUCAACUUGCACUGUUCGUUAUGAGUUGUACCCCUUCUACAGAAAUAUAGCAACUGCUCCUCCACCCUCACAAGUUACAAGUCCUCCUCCUGCUCCUCCUCAUUCUGAAGGUCCAAGCUCCAUCACUGGGCAUAAAGAAAAUGGAGGAAUUUCAUCCAAAACGGUUGUCGUGAUUGUUGCUCCUAUUUCUGUUGCCGUUGUGCUUUUCUUCAUAGGUUACUGUUACUUAAUUCUCAAGACGAAGAACAAUACAGGCCCCCCUCCACAAGAAGAAACUGGCGACGAAGAAAUUACAACUAUAGAAAAUUUGCAAUUCGAUUUCAGCACUAUUGAAGCAGCCACAAACGGUUUCUCUCCUGAUAACAAGAUAGGUGCAGGAGGAUUUGGUGAUGUCUUUAAGAGUGUUCUUACAAACGGGCAACAGAUAGCAGUGAAAAGGCUCUCUAAAGGCUCUGGACAAGGUGCUAAAGAAUUUCAGAAUGAGGUUGUUUUAGUGGCAAAGCUUCAACAUAGAAAUCUUGUGAGACUUCUGGGAUUUUGUCUACAAGCCGAUGAAAAGAUUCUGGUUUAUGAAUACAUUCCUAACAGAAGCCUGGACAACAUUUUAUUCGAUCCUGAAAGACAAAGGCAGCUGGAUUGGUCAAAACGUUACAAGAUUAUAGGAGGAAUUGCCAGAGGAUUGGUUUAUCUCCAUGAAGAUUCUCGACUAAGAAUUAUCCAUCGGGAUCUCAAAGCCAGCAAUAUUUUGUUAGAUCAAGACAUGAAUGCAAAAAUAUCAGACUUUGGCAUGGCAAGGAUUAUUGGUGGGGAGCAAACUCACGGAGACACGAGUAGAAUUGUUGGAACGUAUGGCUACAUGGCACCUGAGUAUGCAAUGCAUGGACUGUUCUCGUCGAAAUCAGAUGUCUUCAGUUUCGGAGUCUUAGUUCUUGAGAUUGUUAGUGGGAAAAAGAACAAUAGUUUUCACCAAUCAGACGGGGCAGAGGACCUUCUCAGCUAUGCCUGGAAGCAGUGGAAGAACAGUAACCCCUUGGAAUUUAUGGAUCCUACUCUGGCUGAUUCAUAUUCAAGAAACGAAGUAAUCAGGUGUGUCCAAAUCGGGUUAUUAUGUGUCCAAGAGGACGUCGAAGCCAGGCCUUCUAUGGCUUUGGUGCUCACGAUGCUCACCAGUCACUCUGUUAGCAUUGCUUUGCCUAAAGAGCCCCCAUUCUACUACCCUAGCAAAUCACGGUCAGAAGGAAUAUCUGAUCAGUCCGGGAGCAAAUCAACGUCGGUAUCUGUUGAUGAGUCGUCGAUUACUGGAGUUUAUGCAAGAUAAUGCAUAAAAAAUUAAAAAUACACCCUGUACUUGUAAAGCUGUAUAUGCUGAAGUCUGAACUUGUAGCCUUUGUUCCAUCCUUGUAUUGUUUGUUUGCAUCGCAUGAGUUAUGAAUUAUGAUAUGACUGUGAGUCCGUCACGGGUGAAUUUGAAUAAAGUUAACUAGACAGA